CGAUGGCCAUGGUCUUCAUAUAUAUGACGCGCCCCUCCCGCCACUGGGGCUCUCUACGAUCUUCCAUCACACCCCGCAAUGCCCCGUCGCUCAGAUACCCCACCCGAGGCGCUCUCCGAUAACUUGGCGUCUGCUCUUUCAAAGCUUCAGGGGCUUCUCGAUGCGUCUUUGCUCGACGAUGCCGAUCCACUGGCUCUCGAACUCGUGAGGGGCGCCAUCGAACAUUUGCAAGCAUGCCAGGAGGCCGUUAGGAACCGUUCAUCACCCGAGUCCUCCCAAGUCAUCAUCGCAGAUGAUUCGGAGUUCUUUGAGGGGAUCGAGGAAUUGUCGUCUGUCAUUCCAUCGAGUAUUCAUGCCUCCCCCACUGCUGAGCGCUGGAAGUCGGCCAUGGUUAGGACAGCCAACGAAGUCCCCUUUCCAACUGAUACUUUACCGCACGACAUUUUGCCCAGGAGAAUCCUCGACCCGGACCCUAACGCGUCGGACGUCGAGCCUGAUUCAGAUCAGCUUGAAACAAGCGAGGAUUUCAUUGCCAGGGUUCUUCAGGACCCAGAGCCGUCGGAUGUCUUCUCUCCGUACAAGGACAUCGACAGCAGCGACAGCAGCAUCAAUGAGAUGUCGAUGGCAGAAUUCGACGCCAGCAUCCCAUCCAUAUUGGAGAUGGUCAGGAGAGCUGAUCCAUCCCUUGGUCCGUAUGAUCCCCACCAAGAUGAUGACGACGCCGACGGCAAGCUCUCGCGCAUCGUCUCUGCUCUCAACAUUAACGAAACCAGUGGCGAUAGCGAUAUCGACGACGAUGACCACGACGGCGAUGAUCACAACGACGAUGAUCACAACGACGAUGACCACAACGACGAUGACCACAACGACGAUGAUCACCACGACGGUGAUCACAACGAUCCGAGCAAUCAUGGCCCCGCCGAAGAUUCAGCGUAUGAGUCUAUCGCAGCUGCUUUCAGAAUCCUUUACCCUGGCCUGACACCGAUUGGGGACACCUCAUUAAUCCUUCGCUGCGUCGCAAAGCGCUUCGGACGCAGUUCCUCUCCCAAGACGUUCUUGCAGGGAUUGACUCUCCUCACCCCUUCGACCCCUCCCCUUGUCGACAGCUUCGCCGGCCCACGAUCUCGCAAGGGGCGCAAGGUCGAAAUCGUCAUUCCUAAGAACCUGCGAUUGGAGACCUUCGUUUACUGCGAGAACCUGGGCGACUUCUACGAACAGGUGGUUUACACCCGCAUCCUCAAGCCCACCUCAUCAAAGGCUUUGACGGAGGCAGAGGUUCGCAAGGCCUUCGAAGGCCCUCUCGAUGACAUCAAGCUGGGUCUGCUGGACGAUAAAGCAAUCGCUACUCUGGAGAGUGUUCUACAGUCAAUGGAACAUGUCCUCAACGCCUCCCGAGAAGCGGACAUCGAACACCACUAUCGCCGGACCCAUUGCGAGAUCAUCUCUGCUUGCCUUAGAUGCCUCGGUAUAUUGCACUAUGCUCGUAGUGGCUCAAGCUCGUCCAGCAAAGACCACGAGGGUGAAUUCAACUCUAGUGUCAAUGCAAGCCCCGACGUGGAAGAUGUCUUUGGCCGCGAAGGCAAGAAGGUGACAUCCGCCACCGAGAUGAAGACCGAGCGCUCGCUCAAGAAUGCAUUCAUCACGGUCCUCCUGCGCGUGGGACUCUUCGACGAGGAGAACGUGAAAGCCUUCAAGGACCAGCUUCACCACUGUCCCGGGUUCGCGCAUCGGUUCGUCUGGCCUGAGGCAGGUGUCUACAUGCGCGUGGAAGAACAAGCGAUCGUGCAGGUGUUCACCGCUAUGGUUUACAAGAAGCUCAGGGUCUACGAACUCUCAAGCAGCGACCGCUCCGUCUUCUUCUUCCGAGACUCCCUCGAGAGCACGACUUUGUAUGUUUCGCGUGUUUACAACACGCUGGACCUGCACGCCACCAGCGAAGACCCCAACACGCCGGAUUGUAUGACCAAUCUCACCCGGUUCGCCAUGCGAUACAUCGCUGCGAACGACCUCUACGACGAAGUUGCAAAGCUCCUACCGCCAGCCAAGAAGGAGCAUUGGAAUACGGUCAGUGUCGCCGAGCAUGGGUAUGGCCCUCCGUAUGGAAUCGAUACCCGGACGGACUGGGCAACAACCGGUCAAGCGUUCUACAGCCCCGCGCCCGCCGAGCAGCAACCAAUCGUCGAACAGCGACCGAUCAAGCGUAAGAGGUUACGGAAACCUCACGGACCGUGAUCGGCAUGGCUGAGAGAGGGUAUCUUGGCUUCUACUUCCUUCGAACGCCGUAGAAUCGGUAGACGCCAUCUAGGAUAGCGUACAUUUUCCUAUACGAGGCACGCCUCUAAUCACCUAAUAUUAUUGUACUAUCAGUGU